AUCGCUCCCAAGAAGCAUUUAGACAUGUCUGGACGAGGCAAAGGCGGUAAAGGGCUCGGGAAAGGAGGCGCUAAGCGGCACCGUAAAGUUCUGCGUGAUAACAUCCAGGGUAUCACCAAGCCCGCCAUUCGUCGUCUCGCUCGCCGUGGCGGUGUCAAGCGUAUCUCUGGUCUGAUCUACGAGGAGACUCGUGGUGUGUUGAAGGUGUUUUUGGAGAACGUGAUCCGCGAUGCUGUUACGUACACUGAGCACGCCAAGAGAAAGACCGUCACCGCCAUGGACGUUGUGUACGCUCUGAAACGACAGGGACGCACCCUUUACGGCUUUGGAGGUUAAACGCCUUCAAUCAGGAGAAGAAACGGCAAACCCAACGGCUCUUUUAAGAGCCAC